AUUCUUUGUUCUUUAAUUCCAAGUUGUGAGUACUUGUUAGCAAUUUUUCAACUGUGCUUUUGAAGCUGACACUCUUUUCUUUCUUGUAGGGACAUCUCUAGAACACACUCUCUCUCUCUCUAUCCAUGGCUACUCAAAGCUUCAACCAGUUCCCUUCAUACCCUGAGAUGAUUUAUGAAGCCCUUGAUGAACUAAAUCAAGAAGGGGGUGCAAACAAGUCAUCAAUAAGUAAGUACAUUGAAACAAAGUAUGGAGAUCUGAAUGAAGAUCUUUCAAAGAUGCUACCUUUACAUUUGGACAACAUGAAGCAAAAUGGAGAUCUGAUUUUCCUCAAGAACAAUUACAUCAAACCUGGUCCAGAUGUUCCAGCAAAGAGGGGUCGUGGUAGGCCACCAAAACCCAAAGCUCCAUUGCCUCCUGGUGCUGUUGAAUCUGUUGAACCUGCAUCACCAAGGCCAAGAGGGCGCCCAAGAAAAGACCCUAAUGCACCACCUAGUUCCAAGAAGCCAAAGCCAGAAUCUGUUGCUGGAGGUCCCAAUUCAACAAAUCUUGGUUCUACUACUGGAAGGCCUAGGGGUAGGCCUAGGAAAGUUAGGCCACAGCCUGCUCAUGAUGAUGAUGAUGAUGAUAUUGAGGAAUGCUGAAAACUUUUAAGACUUGUUAUUGGACUCUUGCUGAUGGUGAUGACUCUAAUGACUUAGUUGUCUUAUUAUCCUCUUUUUUUUAGGUGUUAGUAGUAUUAUCUUAUGUAAUAGUUUCAGUUUGAGUUGCCCUAGUGUGACUAGGGGGUCAUGGUUUCAAAGUUAAGACUGCGUAGAAUAGACUAAUUGUCGUUAUGCGACUAGGGUCAUGGUUUACAGUGUGCAAUAGACUAAUUGUGGUCCGGUUCUUUUCUGAACCCCGCAUGUAGUGUUAGCUUCGUGCACUGGUCUUUUUUAUUAGUAUGUUUAAUGCCCCUAUUAGUUAUACAGGUUGUUAGGGGUUUGUGUACUUGUGUGUUUAACUCUUUGUUUCAAGAUUCACUGUGUAGUCUGUGUAAUUGUUGCACUUUUCAUUAUGUUGAUGAAUCUUUUUGUUA